AGUUCUGACAUAUUAUUAAAGAAAGACCCACGUUGACAUGUAAAACCUGAAAGUAUGACGUGUAGAAAUCACAUAAAUGAAGUUGCAUAUGCCCACUUAUCUUGAUGUGUAGAUACAAGAUCAACUAUGCCUUUCCUUUUUCGCCAAGGCAAAAGAUUUUGUUAUGCUACCAUACAAGCAUAGAAUUAGUUUUUGGCCAAUUGUUCUCAUGAGGCAAUCUUAGUAGCUUGUUUUAGCAUCUAUUUGAAGAAAAAAUCUUGAUCUUUUCUGUAAAGAGCCAUCACUAUCUCUCUUACACAGUUUCUAUUUAACAGGCAUCAGCACAUUAAUGUCUGCACAGCCAGAAAAAAUGGGAUAUCUUCUUCGGGAGGCUGCCACUUUUCAGGCAGCAGCAACACUGCCACCAGUAAAUCCUCUUCAUUCUUCAACUCUCGUAGCACGGCCAACACCUUUGAUGCAGAACAGUUGGAUGAUCCUUCUCUCGAUAUCAAUCCUACGCACAUAUUCAGCGACAACAGGUUCAACGCCAUAAUUGGUCUCGAGUCACUUGGCUCUUUCAAGGAACUAAUUAGCCGGCAAAUUUCUGCUGAGAACUCAAGGGAGCUGUACAAGGAAUUUCAUUCCAAAUACUGUGACAUCUUCACAAGGUGUGAGUUCGUUGGUGGCUUUGACUCUGUUCUUGGAGUAGAUUGCCAAAAUUUGUGGAAAACACACUGGAAAUACAUGAGGAGCUGGCCUGCAGUGUUGGAGUAUAUUGUCAGUAUUAUCAACACAUUGCACAUGCAACUCAAGCAGAAGCGUCCUGCAUGUGAUGGAUUUAUACAUGGAGAUCUUUUAGAAGCAGCAAGAAAACCUUUGACUUGUCUGUUCACUGUUGCUUCAUCUGCCUGUGCCCUUGAGAUCAGGAAGUCACCCGAGAAGCUCUUCUGCAUAUUGAACAUGUACACAUCACUCGUGGAUGCCACCCCCACUCUCAGGAAUGUAUUCCAUACAGAAUCUACCAGUAGAGAUGCUGAGGGGCUUCUUGCUAAACUGAAGGACUCUGCAAGGGAAAUAGUUGAAGAGGCUAAAAUCUUGAUUCAAACUUACAGCUCACGAAUAGCAGUGCAGGAUGGAGGUGGUAUCACGUCACUCACUGGGUAUCUCAUGAGAUACAUCAGGUUGCUAGUAAAGCAUAGGAGUUCACUUGAUACCAUUCUAGGACAUGGUCACUGGGAUGAUCUGCUGACAGUUAAGGGAACGAACUCAACAGGCCGAUUAGUAUUUGGGCUCAUUGAUGACCUGGAUACAGUGCUUGAGAAACAAUCCAUGUUACUGUCUUCUAAAGAACUUCAGUGCUUGUUUUUGAUGAACAACACACAUUUCAUGCUGCAGGAAAUCAAGCAAUCAGACGUACAGUUAAUUGUAGGAUCCAGGUGGAUUGGAAAACGCCAAUACCGGAUCAAAGAAUACAUGAAGGGCUACCUAUCUGCAGCAUGGGGACCAGUUACGUUGAAUUUGGAGACUACAAAAAGCACAUCACCCCGUAAAAGGCUUAGGGCAAAUGUCCUAAGUUUCCUGUAUGCCAGUCCAACUCCCCUGCAGAAUUUUGCUUGGUCUUUCAAUGAAACUUGUAACACUCAGAUGUGCUGGAAGGUACCCUGUCCAGUUCUUCGUGAAGAGCUUCGUGUAAAAAUUCUGGAGUUUGUUACUCCAGUCUACCAUGCACACCUGGAAAGUCUGAAGCAAUCUGGCAGGGGUACCGCUGCAGAUUUUAAGCUGGGGUUGAAGAGUAAAAUCAACGAAUUAUUUGAAGGCUGAAAUAUUUGUCUCGGCGCAAAAGGAGAAAACAAAUGAAGAAAGCAGUGCUAGUAGGGCCUUCAGAUGCUGAGCCUCCUUUUUUGUCCUUGCAAUUUUUGUCCCAGUAAAUGAUCAACUGUUUGUACCAGCUUCAGCUUAAUUAAAGGAAUACUUUUGCUAAAGGAUGUAUUCAUAUAUGGAAACGCAUACUUCCUUCCCUUCAUAUACCAUUUUAUAAUAUGUCUGGUCAAACUUUCUUACUGUUGACAGCUAAUAACUGCAGAUUAUUUAGAUAGAUCAUGUAACAAAUGGACCUAUCAGAAUUGUUAUGGAAUAUGCCCAAUUUAUAAUGGUUUUGUACUUUUCACUAACAAUACUUUUUGAGUGGAGGAUAAGGUUCUAGUUUUCUGGCCUUAGUAUUUUCGAUUGAGAUGAUCUACAUGUUUUGGCCAGAAAGACUGAAGCCUAGAACUGAAGGCAGCAAGAUUGGAGGAUAGGGACAUGAGAGUUAAAAUAAUAACAAUAUUUUCCUUUUUCCAAUUACAGAAGGUACAAACUCAGAUUUCCAUUUGCUAAUGUAUUGGGGAGUGUUAUCUCCACAUGUUUGCCAAGCUUUGUUAUUUUCAAGAUAGUAUAAUUAGCGCAUAUUUGUUGCCUUGUUUGUUUUGGUAGCUCUCCUAGCUGGACAUUGGAGCUACCUUCUGGUUCUUACUACCCUGAAAGAGACUUCAUCACCUUCAUCAUUGUAUCAUUCCCUAGUGAACAAGAAUGUAACAUCGAAAAUAGUGAAGUGGAACAAGGAGAAAAGGCCAGCCUCUAAUAUAAACAUAUCAUCAGCAGCUCUUUUAAUGAUGAAAAACAGAAUCUAUCCUGGAGAUAUGGUAGCGGCUACGGAGCACAGGACGAUGCAGCUGUUGCAGGCAGUUUUAGAACCAGAAGCAAGUGGGGAAGAAGAGAAGGUACACCUGGUGUUGUCCAUGGAGGAUGGUCACAAACUGCAACAGGCUUUGCAACUUGUUCCGCCGCAUAGAAAAAUAGUCCUUGUCCAUAUCCACCGCCCAGCAAUGAUGAUCCCAGUCCCGACCAGUAAGAAACUCUCCUUGUAGAAACAUAUAAAUGACACAGAUUUUUUUUCUUGGUUCUCUCUGUAUGACUAGUAGAGAAGUUACAUGAUGAUACAUUUCCUGUUAUGAUAUCAUUUACCGUAAUUUGUUUCAGUGGGUGGCACAGUACAUGCAAGCAUAUUGAAAGAUAAUAUUGUCAAGGGUUAUAGGGAUGAACAGAGGGAUCAGGCUCUCCUAGCCUUAAAGGGCUACAAGGAAAUCUGUACUAGAGCAGAGGUGAGUGAUGAAUCAAGAAUCAGUUCUUUUUAGAUGGCAUGCUCUGGUGAGCUAUGAAUUAAAUAUUUAAUAGUGGCAUAAAUUUCUUCUAGAUUCAAGCAGAGACACUGAUGAUUGAGAAUGACAAUGUGUCAGCUGGGCUUCUGGGACUCAUUGCCGAACAUAAGAUCACCACACUGAUCAUCAUUGGUAUUGGCAAAAGUUGGUGUGUAUUUUUAAUAGCUACCGAGGCCUUUUCUACUUCUCGUGGUUAUUUAGUGAGGAACCUGCAUCUUCUGCCACAGGGUAAAUAGGUCGAAGAGAAACCUAGCAGCAGCUUUGCAGAGAGGGGCGGACUCGUCCUGCAACAUCUUAUUUAUGCAUAAAGGCAGGCUCAUUUCUGUUAGGUACUGAUGAGUAAAUUUGAAGUAACUCAUUUCAACAAGACCUCAGAAUAGCUGCAAAUUAGUGUGAUGAACAGUCAAGGAGAUUUAUCUCACAAAACACCUUGUAUUGUGCAGUCGACAGGAUGGCAGUGUCUUCGAUUUUGAAACAAAAGGAACACCUUCGUACAUAAGCAGUCGCCUCCUCUCCUCGUGCAGCAGCAACAGCAGCCCGUCUCCUUACAUAUGGGAUUCACGUAGCACACCAUCUUCCAUCUUAUGGGAUUCAAGGAGCACACCUGAUAGCUUGGACCCUUCACAAUUGGACGACCCUUCUCUUGAGAUUGCUAGCUCCAUAUUUGGUGAUAGCAAGCUCAUUGUUAUUCUUGGUCAUGAAUCAAUUAAUACUUUCAGGGAGCUAACCGGCCACCUGAAUUUGGUGGAAUACUCACAUGAAUUGCAUCAGGCGUUUCAAUCCAAGUAUUCAGAGAUAACAAGUCGGUGUCAGUUUAUUGGCGGCAUUGAUUCGGUGCUCGGAGCAGACUCCGAGAAUUGCGGGGAGGAAUACUGGAAAACUAUCAAGGCCUGGCCUGCAGCAUUUGAGCAUAUUGUCAGGGUUCUCAACACAGUACUGGAACUCUUUAAGCAGGACAGCUUAAAAUGCAAUGGACUCACACCGGGCGAGAUUUUAAUAUCUGCAAAGGAACUUAUAAAUCGAUUUCUCGAUGUCGCGUUAGCUGUUACUGAGGUGAGGAAGUCACCCGAGAAGCUAUUCUGUACAUUAUACAUGUGCAGAGCAAUUGUUGAUUCAACUCCCUCUCUCAAGAAACUGUUCCCUGCAGAUUUUGUCAGUAGGGUCGACAGUGUCCAUACAGUACUGAAUGAUUCUGCAAGGGGAAUACUUAGAGAGUUUAAAGUGUUGAUCCAGAACUAUAGCUCACAGAAAGUAGCACAGGACGGAGGCAUCUUACUGAUAACCGGGUACGUCAUGAAAUACAUCAGAUUGCUGAUAAAUCAUGCUGGCUCACUUGAUACCAUUUUGGACUAUGGUCAAAGCAGCGAUCUGUUUUUCUCUAAGGGGAACAACGAUCUGUUGUUGUUUAAGGGAAUAAGCUUGACAGGUCAUCUGGUAUGUGGGCUUAUUGGUGACCUGAAUAAUGUUAUUGAACAAAAAUCUAGGUUAUAUGCUUCUGAAGGACUCCGUUGUUUAUUCUUGAUGAACAAUGCCAAUUUCAUAAUCCAGGAGGUCGAGCAUUCGGAUAUACAGCUGAUCGUCGGAUCUGAGUGGCUUAGGCAGCGCAGGGAUGACUUUGACAUGUACAUGAGGGAUUACAUGUCCUCGACAUGGGAACGGGUCACGUCUUACUUGACGAUAGCAAGUCCCCCUCAUAAAAGGAUUCGGCCCAGCCUCCUUGGUAUCAUCCACACAAACACACGCCAUUUCCAGAGAUUUGUUUCUGCUGUCAAGGAAACCUGCAACUCUCAGAUGAACUGGAGGGUACCGUGUCCAAUUCUUCGGUCCAAGCUCCGUGAUAACAUCUCGGAGCAUAUUAAUCGAGCCUAUAAGGCGUAUUUGGAAGUGCUGAAACAGUCUUCGAUGGCCGGCUUCGCUAGGGAUUUGAAGAGCGAAGUCAGUGUCAGUGAACUGUUUGAAGGGUGAACAAGUAUCACAUUCUUGCUUUCAACAAGAUCCGAAGACCAUUUCGGGAAAAAAAGAUCUUAAGAAUGGAACCCUAGUCCUUUGGUCACUACCCUCCUUUUUUUUUCUGUGUAAGGGUGUGGUGUUUCCCAAUUCUAUCUCUGUACAGUAAGAGUGUACAAAGGAUGAACAAAUCCCGACGGUGUUGUGACUAAGAAGCUGUGCCCAUGGAUGUUGUUUCCUUAACACGUGCAUUGUUAUCGCGAUAAUUCAAAUAUUUAUACAGACCAUAUGUUCCAUCUAGAUAAAGCACCCUCCCCCGCUAGGAGAAUAUACGGAUUAAACGAUAAGGUCGUGACAUACACUUCUGGAAGGAGAAAAGAAUAUUCAGCUGCUUGUUACAUGCAUAGAGAAUGUCGAGGCCUCCUAGGAGAGAUCCUGGAGUAGCAUCCAAUGCCUACUGCUACUACGAUCCCGAGGAGCAGCGUGUGACCUUCCUUUCCUCGCUACCUGCCGCUGCAAGCAACAAGAUAACAAGGAUAUACAUCUGCUCGAUGGUUCCCAAGCAGUUGCGUGCCACGGUGCCAGAAUCGAAACCAAGGACGUUGCAUAGUUUUUGCACGUAGCUGAUUGUUUUGUACUUUUGUUAGCACGUUUUGGUUUGCCAUGUUGUCGCUAGGCUUGCCAGUUUUUAAGCUAUGCAUUUUUUUAUCACAUGGAUGGUCUUUUAUUCUGUAUUGCAUAAAGGCAUAACAAAAUGUUCUAUCCCCCUCCUUUAACAAAAUGUAGGCUUCAUUUCUGCUCCGUGAGGCCGAUGAUGAGGUUGAGUUGUGGAGUUUGGGGUGGUUUUUGAGUUGCUUGCGUCUGUUGUUUUUCUGGUUUGUUGUAUUGUUCAAUCUGGAUUUUUCAAUUUUUUAAUAUAAUUGGCACCUCUUCUGCCUGGUUUGUUUAAAAAAAAAUUCUGCUCCGUUAUUCUCUGUGCAUCGGCUCUGAAUGGUUUUGUCAGUCAGCAACUUACGACCAGAAUUUCAGCAAUACUCACAUAGAGCUUGGAAUUAUCCAGGGUGGUGUACGGUCGUAUGGACCAUCCCAGAAGAAGCAGCUUUGCCUCAGCCCCAGUCUAGGCCCGUGUAUGUGUCAUCAAGAUCAGCGUCGGCGAGCGGUUAAAUUCCAAGAGAAAAUGGCAGCUACUUCGAUAAACAGAGCAACCACGGUUGCUUGUACUCGGAGGAGGGCGCGGGCAGAAGGGGCAAGUUGCCACCAACCAAGAUCCAGCAUCCCUUAAUGCAAGCGGCGGCGGCAGAUGACAAGAUUUACCUGGUGAUAGGCGGCAGUGAAUUCCAUUGUUACACCUCUCUCGGUUGGGCUCUGCGGAAUGUCCCACCACACAAGACCUUGGUUCUCGUCCACAUCUUCCGGCCAUCCUUCGACAUCCCGAUGCUCUAUAAGUAAUGUCUUCUCUCUGCAUCUGGGUUACAACUGCAAAAGUGCAAAUACAAUCAUCAAGCUCGCCCUGUCAUUUUUCGUUACCCCUUACUGGUUUUCUUGAUCAAAAGGCUGGCAUGUGAGACUUCUUUCACUGUUUCUCUCAGCAAGCGUAGUGCAGCCCAGCUAUGAUUUUCUUAUUAGUGCAUAUAGAAGAGGCCGCAGGGAGCAUAUUUUGACGUCAUCCGAGUUGCAUGUGAGGAUCUGUGCACAUAAAAAGGUUAAUAAUUAUCACACCAAUCCAGAUUGAUGGGACCUUCAUGGUGUUUACACGGGCAGAUAUUCACAUUCCAGACUUCUUCUAGGUUCGAGCAGAGAAGCUCAUAGUUGAGAGUGACGAUGUUGCAGCUGCACUUUUGGAUCUCAUUGUACAACAUCAGAUUACCACGCUCAUCUUGAGUUCUGCAAUAGAUAGCAUAUACGGUUCAGAGAGAAAAAUACUAGAAAGGUUGGAGAAACAAGCAGAUCCAUCAUGCAGCAUUUUCUAUCUACACAAUGGAAAUCUCAUUUCUAGCAGGUAAUUAAUAAAUUUCUCCUGUUGAAUCAGCAAUGUUUAAUUAAAGUGUUUUACAUAAACGAGAACCCCAAUGCUUCCUGUCUGACACAUGAGUAGAAAAGCUAAUCUAUUUGAAAAAAAAAAAGGUACCAGUUUGAGUUUGCUAUAGACUUACAGUGUAUUUCUAAGGUUAUAGUAUUAUAUAAAUUGACGUGUUGUAAUACCAUAAGUGCAGGCUACAAGAAUGUAACCAAAGAAAGAAACUGGAACACUUUCUGUCAUAGCAAGGUCAUUCCAAAAUAUAUCUUGGCAUGGCCUAUCGCCCUUUAAGGGAUUGUGAUGUUUACUAGAUUUAAUUUUUCCUUCCUUAGAGGCCUCAUACAUGCCACCUGCAACUCUGCAAGAAUGACAUGGUGACAGUUGCUAUGUAGCAGCUAAAUUAGUUUCACUUUUCCUUAUGCUGAUUACGUGUGGUGCAAGGAAGAGUUUUUGUGUUAAUCCCUUUCACUACCUCCAAACCCCAUCAAACUAAUCUGCUAGAUUCCUGUACCAUGAGUGAACCAUGCACCAUCUGAUUAUACUUUCUUCUUUGUUUUAUCCAGUAACAACAACAGCGGUAGUUUUUCUUAAUUUGAUUGGGCUGUUACAUUUUACUGCAAUUUUAGUUCUUUUACCUUAAUGUAGUAUAUCUAUGUUUGGAGAACUUCAAAUGCACCCAAACAGUUCAAAAUGGCAUCGCAAUAUCUCAAACACAUAAUUUUGUAUGCACAAACAGGCAGGAGUAUGACAAUGUGUAUGCAAUUGGAACAUACGACUUACCUUCUUUCAGAAGCUCCCUAAUGUGCAUCUGAGGUAGCAGCAGCAACACCGGUGAUACCUUGUCUUCAUUCUUCAGGGAUUCAUGUAGCACAGCCAGCAGAUUUGAUGUUGCGCUGCUAGACAAUCUUUCUCUAGAAAACAUAGACCCCAUAUUGCAUGACACAAGGUUCAGUGUUGUCCUUGAUCACAAGUCGCUCAGUGCUUUCCAGGGGGAAACAGUUAGCCACCCGAAUGUGGCUGACCAAUCACAAGAAUUGCACCAGGCAUUUCACGCCAAAUGUGUCGAGAUGGGUAUCGAAUCAGUUCUCAGAUUGGAUUGCGAGAAUUUUCAAGAGAAGCAAUGGAUGUCCAUCUAUAGAUAGCCU